GUCCACUUCAGCACCACAGAGCGCAGCGGAGCGGCGGAGGAGACCCGGCUCAGCAUCAGCACCAGCAGCACCGGCGCCGCCGCAAAACACUCAACAAUACACGGGGAACCGAGGCAGACGAGACUUUACCCAUCAUGUACGAUGCAACGAGGGUGCCAUCUCCCAAAGACGGUGGGAACGGGAUGGCCCAGCCCGUGGUCUCCGGAGCAGAACCGGGAACCGCUGCAGCAUCAGGGGGGCUGACGUCGACCGCACUGCUACAAACUAAAGGUGAAGAGGUACAGCCGGCUAUGGAGGAGGAGCCUAAAGUCGAGCCCGUCCUGGUGAAGAAGCCGCACAGAGAGAUUCUGGACCACGAGAGGAAGAGGAGGGUAGAGCUGAAAUGCAUGGAGCUCCAAGAGAUGAUGGAAGAGCAGGGGUACACGGAGGAGGAGAUCCGACAGAAGGUGAGCACGUUCAGGCAAAUGCUGAUGGACAAGGAGGGCGUCAUCACCAGAGAGGGCUCUCACACACAGCCGGGUGUGAACCACCUGCACUUUGAGCCCGGCGAGUACGAGGACGACCCUGAAGUCGUCAGAUAUGAAGAUGGAGACUACGACCAAGACUACCACAGUGACAGCAGAGUGAAAAGGAAAUCCAGCAGCUCUCCAUCCCCUCGUCCAAAGAAAAGGAAGAAGAAGAAAUCUGGCCGUCGACGGAGCCGGUUCGGCAGCUCUUCGCCCACGCGCAGAGAGAAAAAGAAAAAGAGUGGGAAGAAACACAAACGAGACAGGUCUGCCUCUGGCUCCAGGAAAAAGAGAAGACACAGGUCGAGCAGCCCGAAGAACAAACACAAGGACAAGAACAAGCAGAAAAAGAGGUCCCCCGGUGAGACCCCCAGCAGGAGUUCCCAGCGCCAAGGCAGCUGCUGCAGCUCCCGCAGCGCCUCGCUGUCCUCCACGCGGAGCCCCUCCAAGUCUCCCGCCAGGCCCAACUUGAAGCAGCAGACUGACGGACAGAAGACGUGCGGCGCCCCGCUGUCCCCGGGCCCCAACAAUCCCGCUGCCUGGCACAACGGCGACCACACCCAACGGAGCCGCAACGGCAAGGCCGGCAGACUCAACCACGUCGAAGGGGAGAAAGGGAAUGAUAAGCUCCGUCUGCUGACCGAUAGCUCUGCAAGCGUCCAGUCCACUCUCCUGAGAGAGCAAAAGCUCCACAGCGCCCCCGGCAGGAAUCACGCGGGUCAGGCGUGCACGGCGGGAGAGGCUGGGAGCGUGGAGGGCAGGAUCCCGGCUGCAGGGAGGGGGGGGCACAGAGGCCAGAAGAAGAGCUCCCACUCCCCUGCACACAGCAGUGACUCAGCCCACUCCCAGCACAACCACUCUCACAGAGGGACAAGCUCACGCCGGCAGAGAAAGACAAAAGGUGGCCGCUCCUCCAAGCGCCAUCACCGCUCGGGUCGGGCUCAGGCCCACCACAGGAGCCCGUCAGCAUCCCCAGGACGCCACUCACACCCGGCGGGCAGGAAGGCAGAGGAUGCUCGAAGCAAGGUGAACAUCCGGCAGCGCAGCAGCUCCUGGAGCAGCGGCCGCUCGUCGUCGCGCUCCGGCUCCAGAGACCGGGGCCCCAGCAAGGUCAAGUCCCCACACAGCAGGCAGAACAACUCAAGAGAGAGGGACAGCGCCAACCGCUCCGACACAGACAGUCGAGCUCGCCGCCGCUCACGCAGCUACUCACCCAUCAGGAAGAGGAGAAGAGAUUCGCCCAGCUUCAUGGAGGCCCGAAGGAUCACCAGCGCCCGGAAGCGACCGAUCCCGUACUACCGGCCCAGUCCUUCUUCGUCCAGCUACGACAGCAGCGCGUCGCGGUCCAGCCGCAGUCGCAGCUACAGCAGCUACAGCCGCAGCAGGAGCCAGAGCCGCAGCCGCAGUCGCAGCCGCAGCCGGAGCUGGAGCCGGACCCGGAGCCGCAGCCAGAGCCGGAGCUGGAGCCGCAGCAGGAGCCGCUCCCGCAGCCACCACAGUUACUACAGCCACAGCAGCUACGACAGCCCCGGCUUCUGACCGCGGAGGAGGGGAGGGCCAGCAGACACGAACAGAUGAACCCUUGAAAGUGACCACACUGCUGUACAGACCAGGGCCCGACCUCCUCAGCCCUGGACCUUUCUGUCUCUAGCGAAGAGCCUAGAUCAAAGAGAUUCAGCACGCUAUCAUGACAUCAGUUAUCACUGAUCACAUCCCACAACACACUCAAACAAAUGGGUUUCCACGCGUCAAGAAUGAAUUGGCUGAGCCCAAAGAACACAUCUCCUCCUGUGUUAGCACUUUUUCCUCAUCUUCCAACAGGCAACCAAAAAGGAGUCUAUGAAAAACUCUAUCCUGCAUAUAUAUAAAUUAUAUAUCUGAAAAAAGGAGCUGAAUAGAGGACAUAAGGAAGACACAAGAAAGACGAUUAAAGUACAUUUUUAAAAAAUGUUGAAUUUGUUUUCCCAGUAUCAUGUAUCCCCCCCAAAGACCUCCAUUUCAUCGGAGCACAGAGAUCAACGACAGUGAGAACAAAGACGUCGGCAGAUGAACGAGGAGGCAGAAAAACAAAAGUUGCAUUUUUAUGAUUAGAACUUUAUUGUAUAGAUUUGUCUGUAUAGAUGUGAACUCUUCUACAUUCUGGCUUUGUAAACUAUGCACUGAAUAUUUCAUUUAGCUUGAGGACGUUUGUUUAGCAUGAUGCAUCUGGAGGGGGGUUGGAGGCGGGUGGGGGAU